AUGUACAUUCGGUCCAUCUUGCUGAGCGGCGCCGCCGCUCUCAGCGCCAGCGCGAUGCUGGUCGUCCCUGAGAUGGAACCCAAGCUGGAGGCCGUCGAGGACGGUUUCAUGAAUGUCCACCCCAUGCUCUUCGAGGACAUCCGUCGAGCCACCGUCGACGUGCCUUGCACCGAAUGCCCUUUCCGCGAGAAUGAAAAGCAUGGCGCCGUCAGCUGGACUGACAACAAGCCCUCGACUCUGAUGCUUGACUUCACUAUCGAAGAGAACCGCCUGAUGGCUAAUGGCCGUCAAAUCUUCCCUCCUAUCCCUCCUAGCCCUAUUCUUGCCGUACAGCAAUUGGAAGAUGGCGAAGAAUCCGAUCCCAUGCCUGUCGGCUACGCGCUGGAGGUGAUGCCGCUUCCCUCUCCGGCCGAUACCCCCGAAACCGAGUUCCUCGAUGUCCGAUUCACCGUUCUUGAUCUCGAAUCUCACCCCGUGCCCGUCGAUACCGUUGCCAUCAUCCUGAUUGUUGACCCGAGUGGUCAACUUUACAUCGCCAAGACUGAGGUCGAGAAGACCGCCCCGGCCCCCGAGCGCCUGUCAUGGAAGAAAUGCCAGGGCAAGCCCAAGUGCCUUCAGGAGCUUCUGGUCGCUCGUGUCCGUGGUCUGCUGGCCUCUGCCAAGGAGCGUCUCUUCAAGCUGACCUCCAAGGGCGGUCGCAAGGGCUGCCACGGCAAGAACAAGGGCAUGGGUCACCACGGCCCUCACCCUCACGGCGAUUUCGGUCCUGAUGGACUUUUCCCCGGAUUUAACGGUCCCGAGGACUUCGGACCCAAAGGUCACCAUCACUCCGGUCCCUUCGUCCCCGAGAACGCCGGCCGUCCUCACCACAACCGCCCCCCUCCUCCUAACGGCGCUUUCGCCCACACUUUCUCCCGUGUUGUUCGCUUCAUUGUUGUGCCUGCCAUCCUCGGUGUUCUGGCCGGUCUGACCGCCAGCGCCGUCGGCAUGCUGGUGGGCCAGGCUGUUGUCUUCUGCUGGCAGCGCUACCGCGGCACCCAGCCCAAGGAACACAAGGCUGCUUGGGAAGAGGGUGAUGCCUGUGAAAAGCAGGGUCUGAUGGUCGAGUCGGAAGAUGUGCUCCCCGAAUACGCUGAGGAGUCGCGACGAGGCUCGAUGGAUAAGAACUAA